AUCUCACAAACACACACACACACGUCAGCCCACACAGAGCAGAUACAUUUAGGUUAGAACAGGGAAGACAGAAACAGACCUAAACAAGUGCGUUAUGUGAUCCUGUCCAAGAUGACAUUACUUUUAGUUGGUCUUUUCCUUGGGAACAUUCCUUCAUUUGCAUUUUCUGCAUCAUCCCAGCCAAAAAUUAACUGCCUUAUCAUAAAUCUGGAGUAUGUUAAUUGCACAUGGACUGAGCAAGUGCACAAUUACAGUUUCAAGAGCAUGUUUACUCAUGCAGAAAUUCUGGAUUGUCCAAACUAUCUCAGGAUUGAUGGAACACGGAACAUUAACGUGGGCUGCGUGUUCCCCUGUGAAAAAGCACAACGGUUUAAUACGUUAAAAACAUGGCUGUACAGUGACAAUGGCAGUUUGGUGACAGAGCAGGAACAUAAUCUGAAAGCAUAUGUGAAGCUUUACCCUCCGGUCAACCUGUCUGUGGUGGAGAAAACAGACACUGAACUGUGGCUGUACUGGAAUAUUACAAAGAACGACAGAGAGUGCACUGAGAGUGAAGUUCGUCACAGGACGGACAACAAUGCCUGGAAGAACACCACUCCAGGCCACAGGACCUCCUUCAGUUUGCCUUUUCCCUCAAAUAAACGCUAUGAGUUCCAGGUCAGGGCUCGAAUAGAGUCAUCCUGCGGAGAGUCCAAGUUUUGGAGCGACUGGAGUGAGCCUGUCUACUGGGGAUAUUUAAAGACAAACAACACCACAGAUCCGGUUAACAUGUCUGUGAUGUCACUGGUGCUGUGUACAGCGGGAGCCACAGUAAUUCUUGUCAUGCUGUCCUGCUUGCUCGUCCAUAGUGAGAGGUUAAGAAUCAUUUUAAUACCAGUGGUACCAAAUGCAGGACGAAAUGUAAGCAAUUACCUUGCAGCCCUUUUUGACAAUUAUGAUGGCAAUGUUGAGAAAUGGCUGUCCAUGCCUAAAGACUUGGAGAACGGCUUCAAACCCAAUUUCACAGAGCGUGCCUGUCCUGUGCGUGAGUACAGGAUAGUGUCCCAGUCCAGCACUGACAGCGAAAGCAUCCUCUCAAACCCAACAGACCUGUCGCCAGAUUACCAGUGCAUGCAUAGCUACUCAUCAGCCUCCACCAUACCUGGAUCUUCUGAAACCAUACAAACCGAAGAUCUACCGCAAGUGGAUAAUGCAGUCUAAGUCUUCGUCUUAACGUGAGGCAAUUAAAAUUGAGAGUUUAGACAGUAGUGUCUUUGAAAUUCAGUUUUGAAACUAGAAUCCUGAAAAGAAAAACAUUUGCAUGUGAAAAGGGGGCUUUGAAUGGGUUAUAUGAUGAAUUCCAGUCAAAUCCAGUAUUUGUAUUUUUUUUUUUUUUAAAUACCUUUCUGCACUUUUUUUUUUUUUAAUCAACUCAGAACAAGGAAUGAUAACAUUUAAUUGUUUCUUUUUCUUAUGUUUAAGCAGGGUAAUGUAGUUAAUGUUACUGAAAUUCUAGAAUCUAAUGUGUACUUUUGGGAAAUCCCAUCACCUACCAACCGAUGUAUUAUCUGAUUAUUUAGCAGAGUGCUAUUUGUGAUUCAUGCUGCCAGCAAUUUUUAAUGUAGCAGCAGAAGUUUCACUUCGACUAGGCCAGUUGCUCUGAAAUUUGACUUUUAGAUUUGGUUUUUCUUGCCAUAUGUAUCAUAUCUUUAUCAUACCAUAUCGUAAAAGGCCCUAAAAAGGCACUUGAAAUCUUAAAAUGAAACAACAUUGGUAGCAAAUGUAUCUUGAUUAAUUGUCUAUUCAUUGUGUUUUUAUCAGGAUUUAUUUUUGCACUUUUAGCAUUUUGCUCAUCUGUAGUACUCUGAUAAAAUCUUUGAACAACAUUCAACAUACUUUUGAGACAUUUAACAUUUAGAAUGUGAAUUUUUAAAGAUUUUAAGUCGAAUAUAUGUUUAAAGACAAAUAUGAUGCUUCAAGAAUGUAAUGCUUUUACAAUCUCUGAAUAAAAAGAUUCAACUUUUCACAA